AUGACAACUAUAUCUAAACCAACAAUAAUGUUUUGUCCUGAAUCUAGCAAUGUGGCAAUAGAAUGUGCAAGUGGAACGUACACAAACCAAACUGGGCAAGCUUCAUGCAAAAGUUGUCCUGCAGGAUAUGAAUGUAAAAGUCCAUCUUCGGGAAGCAACAUAGACACUUCACCUUCACCCUGUCCUACUGGAACCUAUUCAAUAGAAGGAGGAGGUUCUUGUAUAACUUGUGCUGCAGGAUAUUAUGCUUCAUCUACAGCUAGUUCUGCAUGCCUGCAAUGCCCAGCUGGAAGCCAAUGCUCUGAUUCAUCCAAGACUCCAGUUCCAUGUAACAAAGGUACAUUUUCAACAUCUGGCUCCAUAGAAUGCAUAGCAUGUCCAGAAGGCUUUUACAGCAAUAAUACAGGCACAGCUGGCAACUGCACAAUAUGCCCACCAGGACACAGCUGUGAGAAUGCUGCAAACGAUCCACAACCUUGCAUGGCAGGACUGUAUUCCAAAGGCGGACAAAAUUUAUGUACAAACUGUCUAACAGGAUAUUACACUGAUGUAACAGGCUCAGAAAGUUGUAUCGCUUGUCCUCCAGGUUCUAGUUGUGCUAAUACUAAUCUCUUUCCGACCCCUUGUCAAAAAGGUACUUAUUCUCCUGGCUAUCUCACUACAUGUCUCACAUGUCCAGAAGGAUAUUAUGCUAAUACAGAAAACAGCAUGGAGUGUACAAUUUGUACUGAAGGAUACAGCUGUGGAAAUUCAUCUUUAGAGCCGCAGAUUUGCCCAAAGGGGUCGUAUUCACUAAAAGGAAGUUUGUCAUGCUCUUUAUGCCUUGCCGGUUACUAUUCCAACGUAGAUGGAGCAGUGAAAUGUACUCUAUGUCCCAGUGGUAGUAAAUGUGAAAACAAUGGCACCACAGACCCUGUUUUGUGCCUUGCUGGGAGCUACUCAAUAGAAGGCUCCAGUGUUUGCGAAAAUUGUCCAAACGGCUAUUUUGCAAACAAUACCGGGGCUGGAAAUUGUGAUAUUUGCCCCUCAGGGCACAGAUGUCUGAACAGUGCUGACACACCAAUAGAAUGCGAAUCUGGACACUUUUCAACCUCUGGUGACACCGUGUGUACAAAAUGUUGCGAAGGUUAUUAUACAUCAUCCACUAAAUCAAAAAAUUGCACUAUAUGUCCUGAAGGGUAUAGAUGUUCAGACCCCAAAGCUGAACCUGUACUUUGCCCUAAGGGAACAACUUCUAAGCAAGGAGCUACUGAAUGUACAGCUUGUCUUUCUGGCUAUUAUACUAAUUCAACAAAUGGAUGCUUGCCAUGUCCAGCAGGAUAUUCAUGUGCUGACCCAACUCAAAAUCCUAUUCCUUGUCUAGCUGGCACUUUCAGUACUGGUUUGGCCACCUCGUGCACAUCAUGUACUAAAGGAUAUUACACCACAUCUACACUGUCCACUGAAUGUGUAGAAUGCCCAGUAGGUCACUAUUGUGCAAAUUCAAAUGUAGAGCCUGUGAAAUGCCCCAUUGGGACGUUUUCUACAUCAGCAAGAAUACAAUGUACUAACUGUAAUGAAGGUUACUACGCAAGCACUGAAGGCUCUAACAACUGUACUUUAUGUCCUCAGGGGUACAGUUGUGAAAAUGUGUCUCAAAACCCGGAAAUUUGUCCUAAAGGCAGUGUAUCAGAUUCUGGAGCUAUUAUAUGUACCUCAUGUCUUUCUGGGUAUUACACUAAUACAACAUCAAGUCAAAAUGAGUGUCUACCUUGCCCUAGUGGUCACAAAUGUAUAGAUUCAACUUCAGACCCAAUACCCUGUGAUGUAGGAAAAUACUCAAAAAAUCUGGCGACCCAAUGUACUGAUUGUGCUACAGGACACUAUGCAGACUCAACUGCUUCAAGCUCAUGUACUAUAUGUCCAGCUGGUUACUCUUGCCUUAACCCCUCACAGUCGCCAGUUUUUUGCUCAGCUGGUACCUACAGUUUGAGAGGCGCAACUGCAUGUACUAACUGCCCUUCGGGAUUCUAUUCAAAUGAAACCGCACAAUCACAAUGCAAGGAAUGUCCAGCGGGUUAUUCUUGUCUAAGUGCAGGUGGUGAACCAGAAGCAUGUCAGCCUGGGACAGUCAGUUCUGCUCGUUCUACAGACUGUCGAUAUUGUAUCUCUGGUUCAACAUACAACCAUCUUGCUGCUCAAUCAGCCUGCUUACCUUGCCCUGCAUCUGGUUUCAACUGCACUGAUCCGGCUGUUGAACCUUUCAUUGAGUCUUGCCCACUUGGUCACUACUUAGCUAGUGAGACUGCCGGAUGUAGAGAGUGUUCACCUGGUACCUUUGCUAACAACUCGACAGCUGCAUGUUUUGAUUGUCCUGCUGGAUAUCAAUGCCCAGGUUAUGCUACAUCCGAACCAACUGCCUGUGAACCUGGAACAUAUAGUUUGUCCAAGUCAUCAAAUUGUACUGUUUGUUUGGAUGGCUACUAUCAAGAGAAUGGAAUACAAUCUGAAUGUGAUCUAUGUCCUGCUGGCCAUAAUUGCCAGAAUAAAUCUUCAUCGCCUGUCCAAUGUCUGCCUGGAUCUUAUGCCACUGAAGGGUCUCUUGUCUGUCACACUUGCCAAAAUGGAACCUAUCAAAACCAACCUGGACAAUCCACAUGCAUCACUUGUACAGUAGGCCAUCAAUGUCCAUCACCAGGCAUUGUUGAUCCUAUAAUAUGCAGCAGAGGUAGUUAUGCUAUUGCUGGAUCUCAUGUCUGCACAACAUGCCCUGAAGGUUAUUUUGCUUCAAGUGAAGGCCUGGAAACCUAUCUGCCUUGCGGGUCACUCAUGUCCAUCACCUACAGAUGCUCCUACACCAUGCCAACCUGGCACUUACUCUGA